CGGGGCACGUCACUUCCUCGUGGCCACCAUUCCCCUCAGCAUCAGCAGAUGAACAGGGCAUCUUCCUCUUGCCCCGCAUCGCCCAAGCUUCCCUGCUGCUCCUCCUCUCUCGGAAAGGUGGCCUCCUCCUGUCACGGCCACCCUGUGCCAGUGACAAGGGAAGCAAACCUUCCCUGCCGCCCGCCGUGCCAGAACGAGGCGACCCGAAGUCGAAACACGAGAAACUGUCGCACACUCGUUCCUUCGACCUGGAUCACAUCUACCAGAACCUCUGCACGGCUGUCAAGGGCGCCUCCAAACCGCGGAGCAAUUCCUUUAGUAUCCCGUGGCGGCGGAAGAAGAAACCGCAGGAGGCUUCGCCGGGGAUCGCGGAAGAGGCCCGCGAAGAGGGAGGGGGAGGAGGGGGGAGCGGCACACCCCAGCCCCUGGCCAGCCCAAGUGUCACGUCCAGCACCAGCAACGCCGCGGAGAACGGGAGCCCGAGAUCGCUGCCCGACACCCGCGGGAGCAGAGCCAGCCUCAAUAGCAACAGCGACAACAGCAGCGACAGCAGUAACGAUGAAGACGACGACGGCGAUAGCGACUACGACGACUACUGGGCCGAGGUGUGUCCCAGCGUGACAUACAUCAAGAAGGACCUGCCCGCGCCCCGCAUCCCCGCAGGCGACGCGAACGCAGAACAGGACGAGGAGCAGACGAGCUACAACACCUCGGCCACCCUGCCCCUCCGCGCCGCCAAGGGCCCCAAAAAGGACGGCGGCGACAAGGAGCAGACAGUAAAUUUCGACUUGACGGCCAAUUUAGAAGAAUGGCGUCAGAAAGCAAGAUGGUUGGAGAGGAAACGCAGAUCGAAGGACAUUCGAAUUACAGGAGAGAACAACGGAAUCGACAUCGCCAUCCUGUACGCCUCGGACGGCACCGUCUGGAAGGACUACCUGCACACCACCUUCACGCAAUGCCGCAGGGGCUGCAAGGACUUCAGCGGCACCUGGAUAGAGACCGUGAACGUUGAAGAAAUCAAGGACGACAUGGAACUGCUCCAGAGGAUGACCCUGAAGAGCGCCAAGCUGCAGAUUGUAAUACUCUCACCGCACUUUAUGGAGCACAUUGCCAACCAUGCAAGAAGCGAACUUGGACACGUGUUUAAGCCAAAGAAGGUGUUAUGUUUACUGCUGAAUGUGGAUAACAGCAGUUUUACACCCGCACAUCUUUCCGUGCUUUACUCUUAUAAAGAAUGGCAACAUCUCACUGUACGGAGUGAGGACAUGUCAUUUGUACAAGAAGUUAUUCAUAAAGCUACCAGCAUUCUCAUCAACAGUGAAGUCUACUCAGGUUAUCGAGAUGAAAGCUUAGCCCGCUUUAAAGUCAUACCUCGGAAAAUUACUUUGACGCAUUCACAGGUAUAUAUAAUUAUGACUGAUGAAGUGAAGGAGGAAGUUGUAAUAUCGGUGAACAGUGCAAACAAAGAACCAGUCAUCAUCAAAAAAUGGCGCUUGCAGAACCCCUAUACCCUCAGCUUCCAAAUGCCAGAGUCAUACUUGGAAACCUCUGCCCUCCUGUAUAUAGAAGUUUCAGUGAAUGGAAAGAGUCAAGGAUCAAGGCAAGUGAAGUGUGAACGAAACAUGGAUACGUUGUCGCAGAUUCUUUCAAAUUCUAAAAACCCAAUUGAUCUCAUGUGUCAGGCCCUAAACCUGAAUCCCUUGAACAAUGACCUGGACCUGUGCUUGGCCAAGAACUUCAGUAUGCGUAUCCCUCCCAGCAGAUGUGCAGAUGAUGACAAUGAGAAAGGUUCUUCGGUAUUUCCCACUUGGAUACACUUCAGUGCUUAUUAUGGCCUGAAAACGUUUACGUGGGCCUUACUAGAGGCUCCUGGUGGCAGGUGUGCCCUCAGUAUUCCAAAUUGUGAUGGUGAUACUCCGUCCUUACUUGCCUUUAAGAGUGGCUAUCUGACACUAGCACAGGCAUUAGAAACAGAGAUGAUAUGUUCAAAAUCAAGAGGAGUGUCAUCGCCACAACGCAUGAAGAAGACUGGCAUAAAGAAAACACAUACUGCAACAUACAACAAUCCUCCACCCCCUCGGCCACUGAGAUCCAAUUAUGACACAUUGCCUGCACCAAGAUUAGUGUCCCCAAGUAACUCACCACCUGCACCAUCAGAAGAAUGUAAAAAUUUUUACACCGAAGUAACAAAGUUUAUUAAAGAUAAGAGAGAAAACAAAACUGAUGAAUCAUCUUCUGAGGUAGACUCAUCUAAGGGAACUACAGAUGCAUCUAACCAAGAACCGUCCACUACAGUCAUGGCAGACCAAAGAAGUGAAGACACGGUUUCAGAGAGUGAGUCAGGAGCAACAUACAUGACUGCCAGUGAUAUUACAGAUUCAACAAACCGGCCAACAACGAAUCUGGUUCGACACUUUGUUGGACUACUUGGAGGGCGACGUAGACCUCUUCAUAUGGAAGGAACACGUUCCCUUCGUGAUGAACCCAAUUACUACAUUGAUGAUCCAACUUUAAAUACCCAAGCUGGGAGGACUAGAUAUAAAAAAGGGACUGCAUCGGAUAGUGAAGAGGAAAAAAAUUGUCAUUCAACAGUGGCCAAUGGUCGAAUAGGUGCAAGAAGCCAUGAACCAUCCCCUGUUUCUGCUGCGGAAGCUUUCUCACCCACCAUUGAGGUUUCAAUAGUGAGAAAAUUAUCCUUAAAUGAUGGUGCUCAAAAUGCUGCCAUCAAAGAAAGACCACCGGUGCCUGCCCCAUUUCCUGUCUAUUCAGAUGAUGAGGAGGACAAUUAUUUAGAUCCAACUAGAAUAAAUACCCCUCCAAGAUAUCAGAUUCUUAUGAACCAGAAGCCAUUGAGUAAAGGUAAUGAUAUUCAGUACUAUAAAUUUGGAGUGGACCAUCCUCCAAGGAGAAUUGCCCUGAAAAUUCUCAAGCCUCAAAAAAGAGAUGAAGAAGAUGAGGAUAAUUACGAAGAUUUAAAUGAUAUGAAAUAGAAUUUUAGCUGAUAUAUAUAUGUAU